GCAGUCCGCAUUGGCUGUGGCGUCACUGAAAUGUGGAGGAGUCGAGAAACUUCACUCAUGUAAAUAACGGCAAUUAGAAAGCUGUAUAAUAAGUAGCACUUGCUGAUAGAGCACGUAUAUAUUUUUGGUAUUUAUAAACAACAUUUUUUUUUCUUCGAAAAUGCCCCGGAAAAAGCCAUUUAGCAACAAACAGAAGAAGAAACAGCUCCAAGUUAAGCGCGAGAGAAAGAGAGGUGACACGGGUUCUGGGCCGAGCAGCCGAAAUGCCAGCGUGGAGCGAGGAGGAGAACGUCAAUCAGACACAUCAGAUAGUGAGACGACUGACAUUAGAAAAAUAAAUCAACAACCCAUGAGUCGAGAGGGUAGAUAUGAUCCAAACAGGUUUCGACUCCAUUUUGAGAAGGAGAGUAAAGAGGAGGUGGAAAAGAGGAAGAAGCUGGCCAGAGAGAAGGUUCUGCAGCCAGUUUCUGACAAGGAACUGGAAGUUGACAUCAAUGAAAUCUACCCAUCAGAAAAACGUCUCUCAUUCCCACGACGACCAUCUUGGACCUACAACAUGACGCGAGAGAGCUUGAUGAAGAAAGAAGAAAAGUCCUACAGAGAUUAUCUGGAUGACUUGCACUCCAGAAACCCACCUGGUACUCUCAGCCACUUCGAGCACAAUCUGGAGACAUGGAGACAACUGUGGAGAGUUUUGGAGAUGUCAGACAUCAUCUUGCUUAUUGUUGACAUCAGACAUCCGGUGCUGCAGUUUCCUCCAGAUCUUUAUCAUUACAUCACAAAAGACCUGCAGAAGCAUGUCAUCUUGGUGUUGAACAAGGCUGACCUGUGUCCUCCUCCACUGGUGAUUGCCUGGAAACACUACAUGGCCUCCCAGUUUCCCAGCCUGAAUAUAGUGUGCUUUACCUCACAUCCUGGGCAGCCCUACAGCACAGUUCUCCAGAAGAAGAGGACGAGGAAGAAGCCUGAUUGGAGUCAUGCUGGAGGUCUUAUAGACAUUUUUAAAUCCUGUCAGGAGAUCACAUCAGGGAGAGUCGAUCUUUCUAGUUUGGAGCAGAAGAUUCAGAGAGAUGCUGUUGCCCAGCGACUGGAUGAUGAGCAUGAAGGAGCAGAGUCUGUGCUUGUGGAGCAUCAAAGUGAUAGUGCUAUGGAAAUGAGCAGCUCAUCUCAUGAGCUCUACAAAGAUGGAGUUCUCACAUUAGGCUGCAUAGGCUUUCCAAAUGUUGGUAAAUCUUCAAUAAUAAACAGCCUUGUAGGAAGAAAGGUUGUGAGUGUUUCCCGAACUCCUGGCCACACCAAAUACUUCCAGACAUACUACCUCACUCCAACAGUUAAGCUGUGCGACUGUCCUGGACUGGUGUUUCCUUCUCGGGUCAACAAAGAGUUACAGAUUCUCUCAGGCAUUUAUCCGGUAUCUCAGCUGCAAGAGCCCUACACCUCAGUGGGUUAUCUGUGUGAGAGGACGCCUUUCCUCUCUGUGCUGAAGCUCAAGCAUCCCAGUCUGCAAGACAUGGAGCCGCAGCACAAACGGAGCGCUGAAGAAUCCAAAUGGACUGCCUGGGACGUGUGUGAGGCUUGGGCAGAGAGGAGAGGCUAUAAGACGGCAAAAGCAGCUCGUAAUGACGUUUAUCGUGCAGCAAACAGUCUUCUAAGGCUGGCAAUUGAUGGCAGGCUUUGCCUCUGCCUCAGACCGCUGGGCUACAGCUGCCUGAAAGAGCACUGGGAAAAUCAUGUCGACUUGCCAGAGAUUAUUGCUCUCCAAGGAAGAGCAGCAGAGGAAGAAGGAGCAGGAGAACGGGACGACGAUGAGGAUGGAGAGUCCAGCACCGAGCCAGAGGAGGAGAGAGACCGCGAUGCCGACGAUGAUGAGGAUGGAGACGAUGAGGACGAGGGGUGCAGAGAUCGGAGACAAAAGAACGAGAACCCCCCCGGCUUCACUGUGAACAUUUUUAAUGUUCUUCGGGAAAACGAGUGUGAGUGAGAGAUGACGGACUCUACCCAUUCCUCUUCCUCAGAUCUCUCUUUCCUCAUUUUUUUCCCUUAAACCUUCAUUCCUCUCAACAAUCUCUACUCUCGUAUCAUUCUCCUCUGCAUAUUUGCAAAAGUCGUCAUCAUUCAACCGGAUUUAUUUCCCCGCAACAUACCAGCAGACAUAAAUACGCUGUGCUGUGCCUCAUCUUCGAUUGUCUGUCCUGAUCUUAGCUGGUUCUUCUAGACAGGUUUGGUUUGAUGUUCUACUAUGAUUCCUGAGAGACAAUAAACAAAGUCCCCUGUUUCCUGA